AUGAAAUAUACCCGCAUGGACUAUCGACAAGAAUAUAUCGACUGUUUAUGGUGCGAAUUCUCGAUUGCACCCUCCAACGAUAACGACUUUCAAAUUUCUCCACACCACCUGCAUAUCUGGCCUGGUGGUGACUUUAUGUUUAUCGCGCUUCCGUCUCCUGAUAAAACAUUUGUUUGCACCCUAUUCGCUCCUGCCGAGCACUUUGCAACUCUAGAAAGUGAUCCAAAAAUCCUCCUCAAGUUCUUCCAGACCCAUUUCCCUGGCGUCUCUCCUGGGUUGAUUCCGCCUGAAGAUCUUAUCAAGCAGUUUAGCACAAAUCCUCACCUCCCAUUGAUCAGUCUCAAAUCUUCUCCUCAUCAUUAUGGCUCCAGUGCUGUCAUACUUGGCGAUGCCGCCCACGCCGUGGUCCCAUUCUACGGACAGGGGCUUAAUGCAGGUCUUGAGGACGUUAGGGUACUUUUUGAAUAUCUAGAUAAACAGGGUGUAUAUUCUGCGUCUAGUGCAGAUAAUAGCCCACAAAUCGCAUCGCUUCGUGCAAAAGCGCUCGAUGCCUACUCCCGCCAGCGCAUUCCUGACGCCCAUGCCAUCAACCAUCUUUCCAGGGAAAAUUUCAUUGAAAUGAGAGCAGGUGUGAAAUCACCAGUGUACCGGAUGAGAAAAGCUCUUGAGGAGGCGCUUUACAAGUACUUUCCUGGGCUUGGUUGGUCUACACAAUAUGCUCGUGUUAGUUUCAGCAACGACCGCUACUCGGAGGUAGUAAAGGCCACGAAAAGACAAACAAAUGUCCUCAGCAAAGCUAUGCUUACAACUUUUGUUUCUUUGGUUGGCUUCUCCACCAUCGGCUUAUGGAAAUGGCCAUGGUCUAGAGAUAUUAUUACUAGAAUGUUACAUGCUUCAACUCGAAUUGCUAAAGGGAUAGAGAAAUCCUUGGCCUAA